UCAGAACUCAACAGCUGCUCGAAAAUUUAAAAUGUUUUUAAAUGCCUCUGCUAUUAUUUCAACGUCCUUGGCCUCUACUUUUAUUUGUGAUUUUAUAUGCUGUAAAUCUAUUUAAACAGUAUCCUCACUGAAUAUCUACAAGCAUGAACCUGGGAGAUCCAGAAUUAGAGUUAAUUGAUCCAACGCCCAACGUCCAUGCUUUGUUUGUACACUUUGACAAACUUUUCUUCUGGACCUCACUAGCUAGCAGAGCUAUUGUACGCUGGAGUAAAAGAAUGUAUUCCUGUGCGGGUAUAUGCUCGUAUGAUAGAGUGGGACUCUGUGAGAUAGCACUAAGUGAACCUCUCUUAAAACUGAGACCACGCAAAGAUCUGGUGGAGACUUUACUCCAUGAGAUGAUACAUGCCUACCUCUUCAUUACAAAUAGAGAUAGAGACAGGGAUGGCCAUGGGCCUAACUUCCAAGCUCACAUGCAUAGAAUUAACAAGAGUGCUGGAUUAAAUAUCAGUAUUUAUCACGAUUUCCAUGACGAGGUCAAAUUGUACCAAACUCAUUGGUGGAGAUGUAAUGGACCUUGCCAAAAGCAGAGACCAUAUUUUGGUAUUGUUCGCAGGUCAGCAAAUAGAGCUCCCGGGCCUAAUGAUAGAUGGUGGCUGGAUCACCAAAGAAAAUGUGGGGGUACAUUUGUAAAAAUAAAAGAGCCCGAAAAGAAAACUAGGGGACCAAAACCAAAGAAUCAAAAUGCUGAUAUCACUAAAUAUGUCACAAGUAAUACUAAAAGUAAUAAGGACAUUAAUGAAAACCUGAAUAAUCCAAAAUCACAAUCAGUUUUAAAGGAUUCUAAUAUGAAUCCAAAAAUAAAGACUAUAUCAUCCUAUAUGACCAAUAAUACUCUGAUUGUAAAUAAAAAGAAUGUCAUAUUUAAUCCAACAGCUACCAAACUACCUGUAGAACCUUUUACUGGAACUGGCCAAACUAUUGGUAGUAAAAAGAAGGAAAGCAUUUCAGAUAUAACAGAAACUGUAAGAAAUAUUUGGGCUAGUAAGAUGUUGACAUCUGACAAUAUUAAAAAUAACUCUCCCCCUAAAAUAGUAUCUGGAAAUAAUAAAAAACAUAAGACUGUAGAUAUAACUCCUUCCCCACCGAAAAAAGUUAUGAAGAUAGAUGACUAUUUCAAAAAUAAUGCAAAGACAAUCCUAAAGGAUUUGUACAGUCAAGACUUUGUAGUCACGCAAAAUAAAAAUGAUAAUAAAUUAAAUGUUUUGCCAGUUGUUACAAAUUUAGUUGAAUGUCCAAUAUGUAAAAUGAAAAUUUCAAGCGAAGAAAUAAAUAGACAUCUAGAUGAGUGCCUCAAUAAAGACAUCAUAGAAAAGAUUUCAAAUGAUACAAAUGUUUGUGUAGGAAGUGAAAUCAAAGAAAAUACAAGUGAAUCAAAAGUAAAUAAACCAAAUGAUCUGGCCAAUGAUAGUGACAUAGUAGAAGUUAAGAAGCAGAUAGAUUUGGUUGACCUUACAUGGAUAGAUGAAGAAACUCAGAACAACAAUAAGAUAAGAGAUUCUAAAGGUGAUGAUAAUAACAUUUGCCCGUGUUGUGGUAAUAAAAUCAGUAAAGGAAUACAGGAACAUUUAGAUGAAUGUCUAGUGUUCUUUGAUAACAAUGAAACUAUGCCAGAGGAAGGUGCAUCAUCUACUUCUAUGAUUGAUACUAUAGUGCUGGAUGAUGACGAUGAAUUUGAUGAAACAUUGACCCUCAAUGCGACUGGUACAAAAUCUCCUUGCCCGUGUUGUCUUGAAAUGGUUGAACAGGCUGAUAUGAAUGAUCAUUUGGAUAUUUGCUUAAGGUAAUAUUUUCAUUAUAAAAUUAUAAUUUUCUUGAUUAUUUAAUUUAUAGACAUUGUUUUUAUGAAUACAUAGUAUGUGUUCAAUUUUUUGAUUGGAUUUGAGGUGAUGUUGUUAAAAGCAUCUAAGAUAAUUUUGUUCAGUUUAAUGGCUGUGAUAAUAUAGUUUGAUAUACAAAUAAUAGUGAA